AUGAUUAGGAUUCUGUGCGAUUCCGCUCGGGGCGGGGGUAGGGGAGAGAAGAAGUGGGGUGGAAUAGACACCAGGAAGGGCCCGGGGGCUAUUGGUAUGCGGAGGACAUGUAUGAGUUUACUGGCUGCUGCGGAGGAAGAACGUAUGUACUCCUGCCUACAUUCUAGGGGUGGAUCUGACUUUUCUGAUAAGGAAGGCUGAGUGCUAGCUAUAUCAUUCGCUCCCUCCUGCCCUCGAUAUCGAUUACCCUGUCUACUAGCAUCCCUAAAGCAAAUCGCCUACAAAAAAUAGACGGUCGGGUGUGCGCCAUUCUACAGAUUUUGACAUACCGUUACAUAACUACGCCAAAUUCUUAGGAUACAGAAGUGGACGCCCACGAUCCACAUCAUGUUCAAAGAAUGGAGAUGAUCGUCUCUCCAAUUACUUCUACACCGGAGACUCAACGUGUCGUUAGGACAAUUCUGCGCAGGGAAUAUGAGUCGAUAGUCAAGGAGGCAGAGGAAGGUAAUAAGCAAGUGCAAAAGUAUCUUGUUGCUACGGAUUUGAGUGGGGAGGCCCAGCAUGCUCCGGAGUGGAAAAUUGGAACGGUUCUGGGAGAUGGGGAUACUCUGAUGGCCAUAUAA